AAUAAUAGUAAUAAACAAAGAGAAAUUAAUUAAUCAUUAGAGAGACAACUACACUCUUGGGUUGGAAGAGGAAUGGACUCCAAUUUGUUGGGCCUCACUGCCAUUGUUACCUUGGGUUAUCAGUUUAUAUUUUUCGUUAUCACAGCACUCCUCAAGUUUGAUAAAGUUACUGACUUUGCCGGAAGUACAAACUUCAUUGUACUUGCUAUUUUGACCUUGGUACUAAAUGGUUCAUGGUACUUUCGACAAGUGAUUUUGUCUCUGUUUGUAGUGAUAUGGGGCCUUCGAUUGGGGCUAUUCCUAUUAAUGAGGAUAUUACAGUGGGGGGAGGACAGACGUUUUGAUGACAAACGUGACAAUCUUGGAAAACUGGCAGUAUUUUGGAUACUUCAGGCAAUCUGGGUAUGGACUGUUAGUUUACCAGUGACAGUUGUUAAUGCAAGCGACAAGCAGCCGCCUCUUCAGGCUCAAGACAUCAUUGGUUGGAUUAUGUGGUCUAGUGGGAUUUUGGUUGAGAUUACAGCUGACCAACAAAAGUUGGCAUUCAAAAACUCCCCAGAAAACAGAGGAAGGUGGUGCACCGUUGGCCUUUGGAAGUAUUCACGUCAUCCAAACUAUUUUGGUGAGAUUUUUCUUUGGUGGGGUGUUUUCCUGGCUUCCACACCGGUGCUGGAGGGUGCUAAAUGGCUUGUUGUGUUUGGACCAGUAUUUGUAACCUUGCUGCUUCUUUUUGUUAGUGGCAUACCCCUGCUUGAGGCAUCAGGUGAUAAGAAGUUUGGAAAUGUUGCUGCAUAUAGAUCAUAUAAGAGAAAAACUAGCCCUCUCAUUCUGCUGCCUCCUGGAGUGUAUGGGAAUCUUCCUCAGUGGUUCAAAGCCAUACUUCUUUUUGAGUUCCCUUUGUACAGUCGCAAUCUUCCCCAAGAAGAGCUAAGCUGGAAUAGAAGAAGCCAGCAAGGAAGCAGAGUAGAACCGAAGAUGAGUUGACUGCUUAAUUUGUAGGAUUUCAUCCCAGUGCAAAAAGUUUGCUAUCUGCCCAAUGCACAUAUGCUAGAAACCUGCUUCACUUAAUUAUUCACUUAAUUUGGCUGUUCAAUAAUGUAAAUUUUUUGAUCAAACCCGAUCUCUUUGGUUGUGUUAGUCAAAUGUCUCCAAACUUCUCUUGCUUUGUUCCCCAAUUGUAUUUUGGAUUGAUCAUUGCAUUCGCAUAGUCGAGUAAACUCGUACAUAGCUUGCUUAGUGUUCACUGACAAUAAAGCCGCAGUUCAAAGUUCAUA